GCUUUUUCUAUUAUUUUUUAUCUGAGAAAUAUAAUGUCCCGAUCUAACAGUGUUAGCCCGCCAGGAGUCGGUGCGCCUGGGCUGAGGGGAGGGACUGAACUCAGAUCAGCUUGGGGCGAGUCUGAGUCUAUUGCCAACGGAUGCCCAUACUCAGCUAGAUCUCCGAGCAUAAAGCUCGCCAGGUCGAACAGCAGAUGGAAGGAAGGAGAUGAUGAUCCCGACCGACAGCCCGGACCAGGACGAGCCACGACAACGGUUAGCAGGGUCAGUUUUAGGUCUAGAUCUGCGUGGCAAGAGCAUGGGACUGGAGAGGAGAGCCGAAACAACAACCGAUUGUCCCCUAAGCAGGCAGAUGGAGCGAGGGAAGUGAGACCCAAGUCGGUGGAGUUGGGCUUGGAGGACCGUAGAGUGAAGGGCACCAAACCCGAGGAGGAGGAACUCAUGCCUGAAGUUCACUUUUCCAUGGUCGCGUGCUGCAGCAGCGUUAUGCAGAUUUUCAGAUCCAAGAAAUUUCAAUCGGAGAAGUUGGAGAGGCUGUACCAGCGUUACUUUUUCCGGCUCAACCAGAGCAGUUUGACAAUGCUCAUGGCGGUGUUGGUGCUCCUGUGCGCGGUCAUGCUGACAUUCCAUUGCGCGGGGGGAGGAUGUCGGAUAACUUACGCUGUGGUCUUUUCCUUGGCCAUCUUACUUAUCCUCAUCUUGAUGGUGGUAUGCAAUCGGAACGGGUUUCAUCAGGACCACAUGUGGAUAGUCUGCUAUGUGGUCAUUCUAGUCGUGCUGGUAUUACAAGUGAUCGGGGUCCUCCUCGUACAUCCGCAAAGUGCCUCUGAGGGAAUUUGGUGGACCGUGUUCUUUAUCCAUGUCAUCUACACACUGCUCCCGGUUCGGAUGCGGGCUGCCGUUAUCACUGGAGUUACACUGUCUGCCAUCCAUGUGGUCGUGUCUUGGAAGGUAAACGAAAAGGAUGCCUUUGUAUGGAAGCAGAUAUUGUCCAACGUCCUGAUCUUCUCCUGUACUAACAUUGUCGGGGUGUGUACCCACUACCCAGCUGAGGGCUCCCAGAGACAAGCCUUCCAGGAGACCAGGGAGUGCAUCCAGGCUCGCCUCCACUCACAGAGGGAGAAUCAGCAGCAGGAGCGUCUCCUGCUCUCCGUGCUUCCCCGUCACGUUGCCAUGGAGAUGAAAGCUGACAUUAACGCCAAGCAGGAAGACAUGAUGUUUCACAAGAUCUACAUCCAGAAGCACGACAACGUCAGCAUCCUGUUUGCAGACAUUGAAGGGUUUACCAGUCUGGCGUCCCAGUGUACUGCCCAGGAGUUGGUGAUGACUCUCAACGAAUUGUUCGCCCGCUUCGACAAGCUGGCCGCGGAGAACCACUGCCUGCGUAUUAAGAUCCUGGGUGACUGCUAUUACUGUGUGUCUGGACUGCCAGAGGCUCGGGCUGAUCAUGCAUCCUGCUGUGUGGAGAUGGGGGUGGACAUGAUUGAGGCCAUCUCGCUGGUGAGAGAGGUGACGGGGGUCAACGUGAACAUGCGUGUGGGAAUCCAUAGCGGCAGGGUCCACUGUGGGGUGCUGGGACUCAGGAAGUGGCAGUUUGACGUGUGGUCCAACGAUGUCACGUUAGCCAAUCACAUGGAGGCUGGGGGUGCGGCAGGGCGGAUCCAUAUCACCAAGGCCACUCUGAACUACCUGAGUGGAGACUAUGAGGUGGAGCCAGGAUCAGGAGGAGAGAGGAACAUCUAUCUGAAGAAGCAUAACAUAGAAACCUACCUCAUCGUGGGCUGCAGCCAGAAAAGGAAAGAAGAGAAGGCAAUGAUAGCCAAGAUGAACCGUCAGCGCGCCAAUUCUGUCACCCACAACACGGGCCACUGGACCGACCGGCCCUUCUACAACCACAUGGGAGGAAACCAGAUCUCCAAGGAGAUGAAGAGGAUGGGAUUUGAAGACCCCAAGGACAAAAACAUGCAGGAAAACCUGAACCCAGAGGAUGAGGUGGACGAGUUCUUAGGGAGAGCCAUCGACGCCAGGAGUAUUGACCGGCUACGCUCGGAACACGUCAAGAAGUUCCUGCUGACCUUCAGAGAACCAGACCUGGAGAAGAAGUACUCCAAACAAGUGGACUCCAGAUUUGGAGCGUACGUGGCCUGCUCCUCUCUCAUCUUCUUCUUCAUCUGUUUCAUCCAGAUUGUCAUUGUACCACACUCCACUCUGAUGAUUGGGUUCUAUGUCACCUGUCUGAUCAUCCUGAUGGCUGUUAUGUUUGUCUCAGCAGUCUACUCCUGUUUUGGGUUUUUCCCAGUGCCUCUACAGACCCUGUCUAAGAGGAUUGUCCAGUCCAGACUCAACAGCACCCUGGUGGGAGUCUUCACCAUCACCCUGGUGUUUCUCUCUGCCUUCAUCAACAUCUUCACCUGUAGUACUGGAGACCUGAGGGAGUGUCUGAGCUGGGAGCUGAACAUCAGUCGCAGCAGUGUGAACGCCUGCCAUGCACGCAGCCUCAACUACACCCUUGAAUCACUGGACGGCUUCUGUGGCAGCCCCUCACCCAACUGCAACUUCCCUGAGUACUUCUCUUCCUGUGUGUUGUUGACCCUGCUGGCCAGCUCAGUCUUCCUACAGGUCAGCAGUAUAGGUAAACUCUUACUCAUGCUCUUCAUCGAGAUCUUCUACGUCCUCAUCAUGGAGGUGGUAGCGGUCAACCUGUUCGACAACGUAGACCUGCUGGUCAUGGCCAAUGCUAUUGAGCACAUCAAUGGAACCAGCUGUGUGAUGGACUCUAAGGUCCCUCUGAAGAUCAUGACUCCCGUGGUCAUCACGGUCUUCGUCCUGGCCUUGUAUCUACACGCCCAGCAGGUGGAGUCCACAGCCAGACUCGACUUCCUCUGGAAACUACAGGCCACAGAGGAAAAGGAGGAGAUGGAAGAGCUACAGGCCUACAACCGUCGCCUCCUCCACAACAUCCUCCCCAAAGACGUGGCAGCCCACUUCCUGGCGCGAGAGCGUCGGAACGAUGAGCUCUACUACCAGUCCUGUGAAUGUGUGGCCGUCAUGUUCGCCUCCAUCUCCAACUUCUCUGAGUUCUACGUAGAGCUGGAGGCCAACAACGAAGGAGUGGAGUGUCUCAGGCUGCUCAACGAGAUCAUCGCAGACUUUGACGAGAUCAUCAGUGAAGACCAGUUCCGCCAGCUGGAGAAAAUAAAGACCAUUGGCAGUACCUACAUGGCAGCCUCUGGCCUCAACGACUCUACCUACGACAAGGAAGGCCGCUCACACAUCAGAGCCCUGGCAGACUAUGCCAUGAGACUCAUGGACCAGAUGAAGUACAUCAACGAACACUCCUUCAAUAACUUCAAGAUGAAGAUCGGACUAAACAUGGGUCCAGUGGUGGCUGGGGUGAUCGGGGCCAGGAAGCCCCAGUAUGAUAUCUGGGGGAAUACAGUCAACGUGGCCAGCCGCAUGGACAGCACUGGUGUACCUGAUCGGAUCCAGGUGACCUCUGACCUGUACAACGUGCUGAACUCCUAUAACUACACACUAGAGUGCCGAGGCCUGGUCAAGGUGAAGGGUAAAGGAGAGAUGCAGACCUACUUCCUCACUGGUGGACCUCCCAGCAGUUAACACCCAGGGUGUGUCAAAAAUUGAACCCUAUUCCUUGUAUAGUGCACUACUUCUGACCAGGGACAUAGGGCUCUGGUCAAAAGUAGUGUACUAUAUAGGAAAUAGGGUGCCAUUUCAGACGUAGCCUAUUCAGAAGCAGCCCCCGUAACAGACUGACACUGGUGCAGGAGAAGGCUGAGAGGAGAGGGGUGAUUGGACUAAAAGGGGCUGACCCCCAAGUCUUUGACGAGCAGGCUCAUGGACCUGUGUUAGCUUGGGGAACUGACUGCCCCCCACCCAUACCCCUUUUCCUAGAUUUAUUCCCUCCCUACCUGCAGAGGUCAGCCUCUGAUUGGACCAGAGUGAAGGAGACCCCACCCAGCCUCUUUUCGGAUUGGGGGAAAGAGACAGAGGGAGGAGCUUAGAGGGCCUGGGUUCGCUGAAGAGACCAAAGAAAUCCCAUCAGACUACAGCAGAUAGAGACACAUUGUGACAGCAGCAUUCUCUCACUGUCUUAUUUCCACCAGUCAUAGUGUGAGUUAAGGAACGGCUAUGAGCCAAUCAACUCGCAGUACUGUAGAUCUCUUUAAGGGUCUGAGGAAAUUGAUCCACUCUGUGUGUCUUCAUAGACAUUCUGCUGAAGGAUCCAAGUCGCUCUAAACAAAACCUGCAUGAAGACACAGAAACCCAUAUAUACACGUGCAACAUUAGGAAAGUAUUCAGACCCCUUCACUUUUUCCA